CGAGUUCCAGGAGGACCCUGUGCUGCAGGUGCUAAGGGUUCAGAGGGCCGAGCUGCGGCGGCAGAAAAGGCCCGCAGCACUGACAGCCUGGAUGGCCCAGGGGAGGGCUCAGUGCAGCCCCUGCCCCCCACUGGGGGUCCCAGUGUGAAGGAGAAGCCUGGGAAGAGGCUCUCGGCUCCUCGCGGUCCCUUUCCCCGGCUGGCUGACUGUGCCCAUUUCCACUAUGAGAAUGUCGACUUUGGCCACAUUCAGCUCCUACUGUCUCCAGAGCGUGAUGGCUCUAGCUUCUCUGGGGAGAAUGAGCUGGUGUUUGGGGUGCAGGUGACCUGUCAGGGCCGUUCCUGGCCAGUUCUCCGCAGUUACGAUGACUUCCGUUCCCUGGAUACCCACCUCCACCGGUGCAUAUUUGACCGGAGAUUUUCCUGUCUCCCAGAGCUCCCCCCACCCCCAGAGGGUGCCAGGGCUGCCCAGAUGCUGGUGCCGCUGCUGCUGCAAUACCUGGAGACCCUGUCAGGACUGGUGGACAGUAACCUCAACUGUGGGCCUGUGCUCACCUGGAUGGAGUUGGACAACCAUGGCAGGCGACUGCUCCUCAGUGAGGAGGCCUCCCUCAAUAUCCCCGCGGUGGCUGCUGCCCAUGUGGUGAAACGGUACACAGCUCAGGCACCAGACGAGCUGUCCUUCGAGGUGGGAGACAUUGUCUCCGUGAUCGACAUGCCACCCACAGAGGAUCGGAGCUGGUGGCGGGGCAAGCGAGGCUUCCAGGUCGGUUUCUUCCCCAGCGAGUGUGUGGAGCUAUUCACAGAGCGGCCCUGUCCAGGACUCAAGGGGGAUGCCGAUGGUCUCCUAUGUGGUGUUCCGGCUCCCCAGGGUGUCUCCUCUUUGACCUCAGCUGUGCCCCGGCCACGUGGGAAGCUGGCUGGCCUCCUUCGCACCUUCAUGCGCUCCCGCCCUUCUCGGCAGCGGCUGCGACAACGGGGUAUCCUACGGCAGAGGGUGUUUGGCUGUGACCUUGGAGAGCACCUCAGUAACUCAGGCCAGGACGUGCCCCAGGUGCUUCGCUGUUGCUCUGAGUUUAUUGAGGCCCAUGGGGUGGUGGAUGGAAUCUACCGACUCUCAGGCGUGUCAUCCAAUAUCCAGAGGCUGCGGCAUGAGUUUGACAGUGAGAGGAUCCCUGAACUGUCUGGCCCCACCUUCCUACAGGACAUUCACAGUGUGUCUUCUCUCUGCAAGCUCUACUUCCGAGAGCUGCCCAACCCCCUGCUCACAUAUCAGCUCUACGGGAAGUUCAGUGAGGCCAUGUCAGUGCCUGGGGAGGACGAACGCCUGGUGCGUGUCCAUGACGUCAUCCAACAGCUGCCCCCGCCACACUAUAGGACCCUGGAGUAUCUGCUGAGGCACUUGGCCCGCAUGGCAAGACACAGUGCCAAUACCAGCAUGCAUGCCCGCAACCUGGCCAUUGUCUGGGCGCCCAACCUGCUACGGUCCAUGGAGCUGGAGUCAGUGGGGCUGGGUGGGGCAGCAGCCUUCCGUGAGGUGCGGGUGCAGUCAGUGGUGGUGGAAUUCCUGCUCACCCAUGUGGAUGUCCUGUUCAGUGACACCUUCACCUCUGCUGGCCUCGACCCUGCAGGCCGCUGCCUCCUUCCCAGGCCCAAGUCCCUUGUGGGCAGUGGCCCCUCCACUCGCCUGUUGACGCUGGAGGAAGCCCAGGCUCGAACCCAGGGCCGACUGGGGACACCCAAUGAAUCCACAGCUCCCAAGGCUUCAGACUCUCCUGUGGAAAGGAGGAAAGGGGAGAGAGGCCAGAAACAGCGGAAGCCGGGUGGUAGCAGCUGGAAGACUUUCUUUGCACUGGGCCGCGGCCCCAGCAUUCCCCGGAAGAAGCCUCUUCCCUGGCUGGGGGGGAUGCGUGCUCCACCACAGCCUUCAGGCAACCGACCUGACACAGUCACACUCCGAUCUGCCAAGAGUGAGGAGUCUCUGUCAUCUCAGGCCAGCGGGGCUGGCCUCCAGAGGCUGAGCAGGCUACGGCGACCCCACUCUAGCAGUGAUGCUUUCCCUGUGGGUCCAGCACCGGCGGGCUCCUGUGAGAGCCUGUCCUCGUCCUCCUCUGCAUCCUCCUCAUCCUCUGAGUCCUCCUCAUCCUCAGCAGCUGGGCUCGGGGCACUUUCCGGUUCCCCCUCUCACCGAACCUCAGCCUGGCUAGAUGAUGGUGAUGAUCUGGACUUCAGCCCACCUCACUGCCUGGAGGGGCUCCGUGGGCUCGACUUUGAUCCCCUUACCUUUCGCUGCAGCAGCCCUACCCCAGGGGACCCUGCACCUCCUGCCAGCCCGGCCCCCCCAGCCCCCGCUUCUGCCUUCCCACCCAGGGCAACUUCCCAGGCCCUUUUGCCCCAUGGGCCCACCAGCCCUGCUCCGUCCACUGCCCUGGAUAUCUCAGAGCCCCUGUCUGUAUCAGUGCCACCUGCUGUUCUGGAGCUGCUGGGGGCUGGGGGAACACCUGCCUCACUCACCCCAACACCAGCACUCAGCCCCAGCCCAGGCCUGUGCCCCCAUGUCAUCCCCCUGCUGCCACAUGGAGCUGAAGCCCAGCUGAGUGACACCUGUCAACAGGAGGUCUGCAGCAACCUAGCACUACCUGGUCCCGGGGAAGCCCAACGACAGCAUGGACCUGUCAUGGAUUCACCACUGCCCCCACCCCUGUCCCUCCUGCGCCCUGGGGGGGCCCCACCUCCACCCCCCAAGAACCCAGCACGCCUCAUGGCCCUGGCCCUGGCUGAGCAGGCUCAGCAGGUGGCCCAGAGACAGAGCCAACAGGAGCAUGGGAGUACCCCAUCGGCUCCCCGCUCCCCUUUCUACUGCUCACUGUCCCUGAAGGUGGGUGGUGAGCCCCUCGGGACCUCAGGGAGUGGGCCACCCGCCCCCUCCCUAGCCCACCCUGAUGCCUGGACUCCAAGACCCUCACCCUCCCUACCACGGCAACAAAGUGUUGGGAGCCUGGUGAGGAGCCAGCGGCCCAUGGGGAUCUCAAGGAGGGGACACAGAAGCUCUGCCCAGGUCAGUGCCCAGCUCAGGAAGGGUGGGGGCUUCAGGGAUGUGCCAGAGACAUUGUCCCAGUUCCUAUGUUCUGUCUCCUCCAGGUUGUUUCUUGUGAGAACCCCUGGCUGCUUCUCCUCAGCUCCCCAGGAGUGCCUGCCACCCUUUCUUGGGGUCCCAAAACCAGGCUUGUACCCCCUGGCCUCCUCAUCCUUCCAGCCCAGUUCCCCAACCCCAGUCUGGAGGAGCCCUUUGGGUCCCCCUGCACCACUUGACAGGGGAGAGAACCUGUACUAUGAGAUUGAGGCGGGUGAGGGGUCCCCCUACUCUGGCACCACCCAGUCCUGGAGUCCCUUUCACUCCAUGCCACCAGAUAGACUCAAUGCCUCACAUGGCAUGCUUGACCAAUCACCACCAUUCCAUAGGUCCCCUGACUUCCUACUCAGCUACCCACCACCCCCCUCCUGCUUUCCCCAUAACCACCUGGGCUAUUCAGCCCUUCAGCACCCUGCCAGGUGCCCCACUCGGCCUGAACCCCUCUAUGUCAACCUAGCCCUAGGGCCCAGGGGUCCCUCAUCCACCUCUUCCAGCUCCUCUUCCCCUCCUGCUCAUCCCCAUAGCCGUUCAGAUUCAGGCCCCACAGCCCCCCACCUUCCCCAGAAAGAGAGGGCCCCCUGGGAUCCUCACACCCCUCACAGGGUGCCUGGGGCCUGGGGCUCUCCUGAGCCUCUCCUGUACUACAGGGCAGCUCCACCAGCCUAUGGGAGGCAGGGCAAGCACCACCGAGGGUCCUUGUACAGGAAUGGGGGCCAAGGAAGGGAGGGGGCUGGUCCCCCACCCCCUUACCCCACUCCCAGCUGGUCCCUUCACUCUGAGGGCCAGACCCGAAGUUACUGCUGAACCAGAGCAGAGACCUUCCUUCCCUUCUCACUGAUCUUGGCCCAACUCAAUUCCUUGUUUUGUAUUUUCUUGAGCUCCUGACCCCUACUCCAGGUUUCUAACUUUGUAACUUGCUUCUGAUGUGGAUCCCUAACCUGUAUGGCUUCCCUACCCUGGACUAAGGGCACCCCCAUUCCCCCACCAACCUCUAUCAUGGGGCUCUCACACAAAUCUGAGGGCUAGGCUGACACACUGUCCUUCCUCUUCCUCCAGGAGCCCCCAGCAUGUCCUGACCUAUGCACAGGGGUUGGGGGACAACUCCUGCCCAUCUCCCACAUGCCCCACUAAACCAUCUGACAAAAUUAAUGAAUAAAAAUGGUGAAAAUGUG